GAGGAGGGCGUGGAGGACAUUUUGGUUUCAAAUAGAACUCGACCAUUCGUCUGUUUGUAAAUUCCGAUUGAGCGAUCCUCGUCCGUCAAGAACUCACCGAAGCUUCACAAAAUUCCCAAAUCCCAAACAAUCGCAAACCCUAAUUUCCAAAAUUCCCAAAUACGAAGAAGAAAGCAAAGCAGCGAUAUGGAUUUCUCUGGAGGAGGAAACUGGAGUAUGAUACCCAACAUCCCUAAUCUCACUAACUCCUCUAACCUUUCCAAUCAAGAAUCCCUCUUCCAACAAUUUUCCCUUCAACAACAACAACAGCAGCCCCAGCAGCAGCAACAAUCCUUUCAUCACCAACAACAGCAAUUUCAGCCCCAAAUUCAACCCCAACAGCAAUUCCAGCAGCAACAGCCCUCCCCUCAAUUUCAACAGCAACAACCCUCCCCCCAAAUCCAGCCCCAACAACAACCCUCCCCCCAAUUUCAACAGCAAUUGCAACCCCAACAUUUCCCCCAGCAGCAGCAGCAACAACAACAACAACAGCAAUAUCAUUUUCAACAACAACAGCAGCAGCGGCUUCUUCAGCAGCAGCAGCAACAGCAGCAACAGCAACAGCAACAGCAACAGCAACAGCAACAGCAACAGCAACAGCAACAGCAGCAGCAGCAGCAGCAACAGCAACAGCAACAGCAGCAAUAUCAUCAGCACCAGUCUCUGGCUUCCCAUUUUCAUCUACUUCAUCUUGUGGAGAAAUUAGCGGAUGCUAUCGAGAAUGGAACUAGAGAUCAGCAAUCUGAUGCAUUGGUCAAUGAUCUGAAUAACCACUUUGAGAAGUGCCAACAACUGUUGAACUCGAUAUCUGGAUCACUCAGCUCGAAGGCUAUGACAGUAGAGGGACAGAAGAAAAAGCUGGAAGAACAUGAGCAGUUGUUAAAUCAUCGAAGGGAACUAAUUGGAAAAUAUAAGAACUCUGUUGAAGAGCUUGUCAAGGGUGAUCCUUAGCCACUUUUCUCCCAUUCUGCAUUAGGCCUGGCUAGCAUCAUUUACCCGUUUUGAAGGGAUGCCAAAAGAGCUUUUCACUGAUUCUUGCAAUUCCAUGGAGGGGCUUUUUAUAUCUAAUCUGGCUCCUGCAUAUCCUAACAUGAUGAUGUUGAAUGAAUCCUUUCUGUUCUUUUCAAUGCUACGGGGCUGGAAAUUCAGUUACCACUAAUUUAUCUUGUACAGUUAUUCCCACAGUUUAACACUUAACAGCUAAAAUUAAUGGUCAGUAGAUGCUUUCUCCAGUUUUCCAUUCUUUAAAAUGUAAAAUUGGGAGUGAUUACCUGAUUGGUGCUCCAUUGUUGUCUCAUUAGCUAAAUGCAGCCUGAAGUGUGCCAAUUUUAUUAAUAUAUUUAAUUAUGUGGAUUUUGGUGA